UUAAGAGACCUUCAAUCUCUUCAACGAAUGUCGGCUAUUGCUCCCGAACUCUAGGGUUUCCAUCUCAAAACCCUACUCUCCGAUUCGCCGUCAAUCCUUCCGGAGCUUAGGCUACCGACGGCGACGAGGCGGCAGGAGUGAUUCUCAGUCUUCUUCUAGGGUUUCUGGGUUUGAUUGGCGGAGCAGGAGUUCGCAAUGUCGACAGAGAGGAAGCGGAAGGUGAGUCUAUUCGACGUCGUGGAUGAGACAUCCGUAUCGGCAAAGCUUUCCAAGGUCAACGGUUCUUUGUCCUUCAAGCCGCCAGCGGUGCCCUCUGGGAUCAACCGGUGGAACGGACGGCCCUACUCAACGAGAUACUACGAGAUAUUGGAGAAGAGGAAGGCCCUGCCUGUUUGGCAGCAGAAAGAUGAGUUUCUGCAGGUGUUGAAGGCGAACCAAACUGUGAUUUUGGUCGGAGAGACUGGCAGUGGUAAAACAACUCAGAUUCCCCAAUUUGUUUUGGAAUAUGAGGAUGUAGGCAAGCGGUCAAUGGUUGCUUGCACUCAACCUCGACGAGUUGCUGCAAUGUCCGUUUCUCGUAGAGUUGCAGAGGAGAUGGAUGUAACAAUAGGAGAAGAAGUUGGUUAUAGCAUUCGAUUUGAAGAUUGCAGUAGUCACAAGACUAUGCUGAAGUACCUAACUGAUGGUAUGCUUUUAAGAGAGGCAAUGGCUGAUCCACUAUUGGAGAGAUAUAAGGUGAUAGUUCUAGAUGAGGCUCAUGAGCGAACCUUGGCAACAGAUGUGUUGUUUGGGCUUCUGAAAGAAGUAUUGAAAAAUAGAUCGGAUUUGAAAUUAGUGGUAAUGAGUGCUACCCUCGAGGCUGAGAAGUUCCAGGGUUACUUUAGUGGGGCACCUUUAAUGAAGGUACCUGGUAGGUUGCAUCCGGUGGAAAUUUUCUACACACAGGAUCCUGAAAGAGAUUACUUGGAAGCUGCUAUUCGCACUGUUGUACAGAUACACAUGUGUGAACCUCAGGGUGACAUUCUUGUUUUUCUUACUGGAGAGGAAGAAAUAGAAGAUGCAUGUAGGAAAUUAACAAAAGAGAUUAAUAAUUUGGGUGACCAAGUUGGACCUGUGAAAGUUGUGCCUUUGUAUUCUACCCUACCCCCUCUGAUGCAGCAGAAGAUAUUUGAACCUGCACCAGCACCGCUGGAGGAAGGUGGGCCGCCUGGAAGGAAGAUUGUGGUGUCAACAAACAUUGCGGAAACUUCAUUGACUAUUGAUGGCAUUGUUUAUGUGAUUGAUCCUGGGUUCUCUAAACAAAAGGUGUAUAACCCACGGAUACGUGUAGAAUCUUUACUUAUCUCUCCAAUAUCAAAGGCUAGUGCACAUCAAAGGGCAGGGCGUGCUGGUAGAACACAACCUGGGAAAUGUUUCAGACUAUACACUGAGAAAAGCUUCAAAGGUGACUUACAUGAACAAACAUAUCCAGAGAUUCUCCGGUCUAAUUUAGCAAAUACAGUUCUUACCUUGAAGAAACUGGGAAUUGAUGAUCUUGUGCAUUUUGACUUUAUGGAUCCUCCUGCUCCUGAAACAUUGAUGCGAGCACUCGAGGUCUUAAACUAUCUUGGUGCUCUUGAUGAUGAUGGCAAUUUAACUAAGCUAGGUGAGAUUAUGAGUGAGUUUCCCUUAGACCCUCAGAUGGCUAAGAUGUUGGUUGUUAGUCCAGAGUUCAACUGCUCCAAUGAAAUUCUCUCAAUAUCUGCAAUGCUCUCAGUACCCAAUUGCUUUCUCCGGCCUAGGGAGGCUCAGAAAGCUGCAGAUGAAGCCAAAGCACGGUUUGGUCACAUUGAUGGAGAUCACCUCACGCUGUUGAAUGUAUAUCAUGCAUACAAGCAAAACGGCGAGGAUUCUUCAUGGUGUUAUGAGAAUUUUAUAAACCAUAGGACUAUGAAGGCUGCAGACAAUGUGAGGCAGCAGCUUGUGCGCAUCAUGGCUAGGUUCAACAUGAAGCUAUGCAGCACAGACUUCAGCAGCCGAGAUUAUUACAUCAACAUCCGAAAAGCAAUGCUUGCAGGGUACUUCAUGCAGGUAGCUCAUCUAGAGAGGACUGGACAUUAUCUGACGGUUAAGGACAAUCAGGUACUUCAUUUUGUGCUUCAAACAAUGUUCAACUUUCCAUUGGUGAUCUCUAGUGAAAUAUGCCUAAAUCUCUGUUACUUUUGUUUGAUAUUCAGGUUGAUUGACAUAGCCCCACACUAUUAUGAUCUGAGUAAUUUCCCCUCGUGCGAGGCUAAACGAAUGUUGGAGAGAUUGUACAACAACAGGGAGAGGGAGAAGGCUGAUAGUAAAACUAGGAAGUAGAAACAAGCACACAUUUCAUUUCUUCAUCCUUGCUUUAUCCAACCAUCAGGGUCGGGUCAAUGAACGAGCCAUUCUCUUACCUUUGAAGAAUUGCUUGCGGCUUGGAAAAAGUUGGCUGACUGAAGAAGCAAUAGAUCUAUUAUUUUUGCACUAUUCCUCAAUGUCUACUCUUAAGUUGGACUUUUCUUUUCCUAGAUUAUUGAAGUAUUUAAAAUGUUAUAACUAUUUGAAUUGCUUGUAGAACAUGUAUUGUGUUUGUCGUUGAACCCUGCAAAAUAUUGUGUUGAGAUUUGCUUGGAAUAGAAUGGAUAAUGAAUAAAAUAACUUAUGAAA